UGGCUGAUAUUUUAAAGUUAGUGGGAGAGGGAGAUAAAGUUAGGGUUUAGAAGAAAAAUCGGGUAAAGCACUUCUCCACUCCCUUCCUUGGCAUAACUCUUCAACCUCCUCCAUACCCACCAAACUCGUCCAUACCCACCAAAUAGAAUUCCACAACAUUGUAAAAUGGAGGAAGAAACCGUCUUUUGGCGCUGGUUUUUGGGAUUUUUGGCUCCAAACGAAUGUCAGGAUAACCACUAUAUAUAUAUGAGAAAAAUGACUGGAAAAAAUACAUUGCAAAGUGAAGCAAAAUUUCUGAACAGAAUUCUACAAAUCAAUGGCACCAGGCGGACGAGUCUCUAGACAAACCACAAUUACAGGUGCUUCUACUCAAGCAAGCCGAUCAUCUGAUCCAUCAAAUAGUAAUAAUCCUACUCCUAAUACAGAUGAUUCAACUAGAAUCAGGAAAGGUCGUGGAAGGACAAUGGGAAAAGGUCUUGAGAAAAUGAAGAAGUCUAUGGGGAGAAAGAUGGUUAUAGACAUCCCUGUUGGUAAAGGAAGGCCAGUUAAGGCAAUUCCAUCAGCAAAGCUAUCAAAUGAGUUAGGAAUUAUUGCUCGCAACUUUCUUUCGCUUCCAAACAAGUGGAAGGAACUCACAAGAGAUGAUAAGGAUGCAGCAUUAAUUAGAUGCCAUGAGAAGUUUGAAAUUAACUUGGACGAGCAUUACACCAAAGAUAGCUGUGAGGAUAUUCUGAAAAAUAGAAGCCGACAAUGGCGCUACAAAUUAAAAAAGCUAUUUGAAAGUGCAAGCUCCGAGGAAGAGGCUCGUAAAAUUAAAGUGCCGGAGUUGACCCCGGAAAAUUGGAACAGGCUCUGUGACAUGUGGGCGAAUCCAGAGCAUAAGGUAAUUUUUAUUCAUAUUUGUCUCGUUAUAUGUUUUUUCUGGCAACCAACAUUCAUGAUUUCUCAAAGAAAAAGGUAAUUUAAGUAAUUAAGUAUGCGAACAAUCAAAAUAUACAGAAGAUAUUUUCAGAACAUAUUUUUCUCUACUUUGUAGCUGCAACAUUCAUUCAUGGAUGAUAUGGCUUACAUUAAUAUGAGUAGACCCUUACAGAAGAUACAAAUAAGAGUAGAAAAUAAAAUGGGAGUAAAAAAGAGAAAAAAGGAUCCUUUAAAUGCCUCUGAAAAAUGCAACCUUUGAGAAGAGCUUGAUGUGGUUCUUUAGUUUAUGUCCACUCUUUUAUGCUAACAUCUGAGAACUUAUAGUGCGAAAUUCAGUGUUAGAAAAAGUUGUCGCUUCCUCGCUUUACCCCUUCCUCGCUUCUGCCAUGUGAAGCGACUCAGGUAGGAAAAAGUGACCGCUUCCCACUAAAAAGCGAGAAGCGACCAAGCGACGCGUAGCGGAAGCGAGCGCUUCUUUGUUUUAAACAGCUGCCAGCCUAUUUAAUUAAAAAAGAAGGGUUUUCAGUGUUCUUUUAUUAAACACAACCAGCAGAGCAUCUGAGAGUCUCUGCGACUAGGGUUCUUCAACAGAGAUUCCAGCAACAGGUAUGUGAUGAUUUUCUCUUCUUCUUCUGAUUUCUUCUCUUCUUCUCCUGACUUCUUCUUCUUCUUUUUCUUCUGACUUCUUCUUCUUCUUCUCUUUCACUGUUUCAACGUCCAAAUAGUAACGAAAUGCUGGCGAUUUUUUUUUUACCUCCAGUUCUUUCCCGGAAUCCAGCAACAGAAUUUUUUUUACCUUCAGUUCUUCUUUCACAGUUUCUUAGUUUUUAUUGCCUUUUCUUAUGUGCUAUGUAGUUGUUCUUUUAAUGGCACCAAAAGAAGAUAGGUACAUGUGUUGUCUAUGCAGUAUUAUUUUAAUAUAUAUUUUUUUAAAUUCUGCUUCACUUCAAAAAAGCGAGCGCUUCGCUUCUCGCUUUAAGCGAAAUGGGGGUUGUCGCUUUUCCUCGCUUCAUGCUAUUUUUAACACUGGUGCGAAAUGAUAAUAAGCUGUAGUAUCAUAUUUGUUUCAUUAUAAUUUUAUUUACUUAUAUUUAUAUAUUCUUUGUAGAGGUGAUGCGAGAUAAACAAGGUCAAUCGAACAAAGCUGAAAUGUAAUCAUUUCAUGGGGUCAAGAGCUUUUGUAGCUGCUCGUGCUGAAAUAGUAAGUUAUACUAUUUUUACUUUUUUGUAACUUCUCCAAUCUCUAUGCUUGGUAGGCGAAGACUGAAAUCUCAAGGGACAUUUUUAAUAUUCAAAAUGGUGAAAAAAAGAAAAGAUCUUGCACAUACUUUUAAGUAUUGCUAUUUUUCAUUCAUAAUUCACAUCAAGUUAUUUUCUUGCUGUUGUUGUGCAAGUUUUCUUUUUGCAAUUGCUGAGUAUUCUAGAGCUUGUUUGGCCUAUUUAUUGCUGUUGAGGCUCUGUUUGUGACUCGUUGUUGGAUUUCUAGUUUUCUUAUAUGGCAUUUCGUGAACCGGUUAGCUUCUUUUGCUUUGCUGAUAUCUGGCUUCGUCUUGUGAGGAUCAUCUGCCGUGUUGGCUCUGAACUCCAUAUUUGCACUGGGAUCAAUCACUUCUUUAACCACUUGUUUCCAUGUUAAUGCAGUUUAUGAGUGUUUUGAUAACAUAACUUGGCACUUAAAACUAGACAUAUAACUUAGUUAAGUAUUAGACUUUUCAUGCUCUUAAGUAGUAAAUUACUAGAACUUGGCUGUUAAGAUCUUAUUAUGUUUUGGUGUAAACUGUAACUUGUAAAUGAUACUGAAAUCUUGUUAGAUCUCAUUUCCUAAUUUACAGCCCCAACGUUAGUGCUGAUACUCAAUAAAACUUACCUUUUCUAAGAAAAAAGAAGUAGAAAACUUGAUUCUCAUCAGACAUUCCAUCAACUAUACUUUUAUAUUUGAAGAUUAAUGUAUCCACUGAUUUAGUUAAUAUCUGAUCUCUUCUCAUACAGAAGGCAUAUCUUCUAUGUAAAGCAGUUAUUUUUAUUUUAUUUAUGUUUGAGUUGUUCGAACUCAGAAAGCAUUCUGUGUCAGUUUUUCCACUUCCUUUCUAUUUGCUU